AUGGCAGUUAUUACUAUGAAGAAGAUGUCUAUGCUUGUUGCAGCACUUGGUAUUCUUUCGUUUGUGUUUGGUAUUCUCGCUGAAACUAAGAAGCCUGCAGCUGGAGUUCCCAUAAUAGGGAAAGGCAUGGUGAUUUGCAAGUACCCAUCUGAUCCAACGCUUGCUUAUGCGUGGCUAUCCUUUGGAUUUCUUCUGCUAUGUUCUGCGGUUGGUUGGUUCUCUAUAUUUUACAGCUACAAAGGCAGAAAAGCUCCCGCAUCUGUUUUCUUCCAGUGCUCUACCUUCUUCUCCUUCUUCACCAUUACCCUGGGUACAAUAGGAUUAGCAGCUGCAUUGUUGCUGUGGCCUGUAGCGACGCAUCAUCACCCAAAUUAUAACAUUAUUGGGAAUCAAGAUCCCCACAGCGCCACAUGCCCAACUGCCAAAACUGGUGUUCUCGGCGGAGGAGCCUUCAUGUCCCUCAACUCAUCGCUACUGUGGUCAGUUUGCUUCAUCUUGGCUAGCAAUGCAAGAGAAGACUACUUUGAAGAAUUGGAUAGUGUCGAAAAACCUAAACACAUUGAGAAACACUACUACACAAAGUGA